AUGUUAAAUACAACAACAGAAACAACAUCUUUUAUCGAUAGCAAUUCAACUGAAUUUGAUGAUUGGGAAACAUAUCGUUCUUAUACACGAUUCUAUUAUAUUAGUGAUGAUAUAUUUUUUUAUGCAAAUCCAAUUUUAAUUAUUAUAGGUAUUCCAACUCAUGCAUUAAGCAUGAUUAUAUUUUUACGUAAACGUAUGUGUCGCUAUCCUGUAAGUGUUUUUAUGGCCACAUUAUCGUUAACAAACAUUUUAAUAUUAGCUGGUCCCGUUACAAUGCAAUGGUUAAAUCAUAAAGUUUUCAUUGGUUUUGUUGUCACCGGUUCGCGUUUUUUAUGCGCAUUUCAUGUUUAUAUUGAUUUAGUUGGUUCAUCGAUUAAUUCAUGGUUAAUACUUGUUAUAGCACUAGAACGUUAUUUAUCUGUAAGUAAACCAUUUUUAAUUCGUCAAAGUUUUAAUCGUCGUCAAGCAUGGUACAUCGUUUUAAUUAUUGUCAUUGUUGCUCUUUUGGCACCAUUGGGUCUUGUUAUUUUUGCAUCACAAGUAUCCAAUUGCUUAUUAUUCUAUUCAAAAACAUACCAAAUCAUUGGUUCAAUUCAAAUAUUUUUUAUCUAUGUUUUACCAUCUAUUUUAAUUUUAAUAUUAUCGAUCAUUACCGUAUUUAAAUUACGUAGUCGUAUUCGAAAUCGUCUAUCACGACGCAUUCAUAUAUCUGUUAUGUUAAUAGCCGUCUCAUUUUCAUUUAUAACAUUUACAUUACCAUUUCAAAUAUGUUGGUAUUGGCUAUUUUCAACAUCAUUUGGUAUUGUUGAUCUUAAAUUAAAUAUAAUUAAUAUUGCUUUUCGUUAUUUGGCAUUAACCAUUCGCAAUUUAAAUUAUACUCUCAACUUUUUCCUAUAUAGUUUAACAUCCAUUGUUUUCUUAAAAGAAGCGUUUACAAUUGCACAUUGUAAUUAUUUUCUAAAUCAUACAUUUAUGGAACGAAAUAAUGCCUUUAGACGAAUUGGUCAAUUAUUAGGAGAGAGUCAGCAAAUACAAUCAUCACCACGUCAACAAUAUAUUAAACAAAAUACAAAUGAAAAUACUGUGACAAAUCAUAAUCAUGUGCACUAUAAUAGUUUUUCGAUGGCAAAUUCGGGCACUGUACUUCAAUUUCGAAAAUUCCAAAAAUGUAAAUGUAAAAAACUGAAAGUAAAAGAAAGGCAAAAUAGUGAAACCAACAGUAACAAUUUACAUUUACAAAUCCAGGAAAAUGGUGGAAUAUCAACAAAACCGUCCAGUCAUAUUUUCUAUUCAAAUGUUUCAAAUAUGAAUGAUAUUAAAAUUAAACACUAA